AUGGAUGAUUAUUUGAAAGAUGAUACAGAAGAUGAUUUUGAUGAUGAUGAUGAUUAUUUGGAUGAUGAUGAUGAUGAUUUGGAUGAUGAUGAUGAUCAUUUGGUUGAUGAUGAUUUGGAUGAUGAUGAUGAAUUGGAUGACGUUGGUGAAGAUGAAAAUGAUGAUGAU